UGGUCCAUUCCAACUAUGGACGCACCUCUGUUUGGUGAGACCAAGUCCAGCUCCAAGCUGGUGUACUAUGGUGUGGGCGGCAUUCUGGGCAUCUUCUCCACGGUGACUGUGAUUGCGGCCAUUGUGACGGGCGCCAAGGAGGACUUUCGGCACAUCUUCUUUGCUAUCACGCUCUGCCUCUACCUGGCGGUCUUUGCCGUCCUUGUCCGGUGGUACAUGAAGGGCGAUCUGGAUCCCAAGUUCAAGAACCUGUUCAUUCUCCUUACCAUCGCCUGCCUCUUUGCAGGCGUCACCGCGAACCUGUACAUCUGGCGCAAGCUGCCGGACGUCAAGGCUUGUAAGGGCGAGCUGUACUAUGUGGAGAGCGAGACCAAGGGCUACUGCGUCCCGCUCUGCGCCAGCUCGUACCUGCUCAACACCCGCACUAUGGCCUGUCAGUUUGUCAACAACUCGCUCUCCACCCACGGCGUCGACAUGAUCGACUCGGGCCUCUCGCCACUGUCGCUGCCGGACGACGGUGACGCGCCGGCCGAGGCCCCGAUCGAGCCUGCUCCCGCCGCGCUUGCGCCCGUCGCGGCAAAGGAGGUCGAGGCCAAGCCUGCGUCGGCGGCCGGCUCGGUCGCCUUUGGCGUGGGGCUCAAGCGCCGCAAGUCCGGCAUCAGCUUCCGCAGGCAGCCGUAGCAGCUCCAUGACGGCGACAUUACAUUAUCCCUCGCAGCCGA